UGUGCUUUAAUCCAUACGAAAAUAAAGUUAAGGAAAUUUUGAAUUAAUUUGAACUACUGAUGGCGCCAUCUAUGUCGUGGAGGCAACACCAAGUGAGGACUCAGGAAAGACAGCAAUCUCCUGUUACAGGCGCAGACACAUCUUUUACACAUUUCUCUUUUUUCCAGUCGCGACGUCUAUCUCGUUUUAUUUUAACCUAGUCGUAUCAAUUUUCCUUUUCCACGACUAACAGAAAUCAACUUUAUCCAGCACAUGGACAUGGAACCAAACCAAUGGUGAAUUAUUCAGUUUCAGUUUUGGAGAAGAAUGUAUUAAGUUGUGUAGUCGUGAGUGAAUGAUGAAAAAAUAUUAAACCUUGUGUUAUUCAAAUGGCCGUAAUUGUUUAACAGUGUCUCUCCUUUCUUGAAGAAGUUGCUGGAAAACAUUCGCCUGCUCAGAAAUGGUCAACGUGACGUAGUAGAUGGUCCUCCCAGAUGAGCAGCCCCGGCAGAGGGGGGCGCAAGGGAAGUCUUCGACUUUGCAGGAGAAGGUCGGCACGUUCUACUACACCCUAGGGCUCUUCUGCAUCACCUACCCCGUCUGCGUGGUGCUUUUCGCGAUACUCGUGAUCACCGCGGCCUGGUUGCCACUGGUAAACUUACCGUUCCCUGGUAAAGCGCCCGAAGUGUUCACCACCAACUUAAACGGCAGCGAUGGCCUGCAGCCUUUCUGUUACGUGCAGCAGGUCGUCCUGCGAGUUGGCGUCUUACCCUGGGAGCCCGACCUUACUUUGGGUGAUGCCUUCAGGGCUCCCUUGUACGAGGCCUUCAAGCUACUGGAGGUGGUAAGAAACUACCAGGACAAGAAAAGUUUAAAGACAUUGGGCCACAUGUGUCUUCAUAUUGAAGCGAUAAAGAUAUCGAACAAGAACGAUCGUCAGAAUGUCCUUCCACAGUACAGUUGUCUGGUAUUAUCUCCAGCGAACUUGUGGCAACAAGACGUCCAACGGUUCUCGCAGGACAACUCGAUACUUACCACGAUUUUUAACCAUCAUAGUUUUCAAAAAAGUAAAACCUCAAUAGCAGAAAUGUUGUUUGGGAUGCAUCUUUUCGACACCGGCAUUAAGCGUUAUCCUAUAAGGAACAGACAGAGGAUAAUACAGUAUGCCGUUACUUUAUUUUUUAAAGAGUACGAUCAAGAAUUUAUUGUGGGACUACACGAGAAACUGACUACGCUCUAUCCGUUACACCAGAACAGCACCAAAUCGCCGCCUAGUUCAGCUGACACAGUUAUGAUUAAAUAUCCAGGAGAGAUCAAUUAUUUAGAACUCGUGCCAAUAUGCGUUUCUUUUAUUUUGCUUUUUCUGUACUACUACUUCUCCGUACGAAAAAUCGAGCUCAUCAAGUCCAAACUAGGCAUGGCGUUCACCGCCACGUUCACCGUUUUCUGUAGUCUGACCAUGACGAUGGGUAUCUGCUUCUUCUUCGGCCUCACCCUCAAUUUUGAAGAGGGCAAGGGUAUUUUCCCCUACUUAGCGAUACUGGUAGGCCUGGAAAACGUUUUGGUACUCACCAAAAGCGUCGUCUCCACACCGCUUCACUUAGAUGUGAAAAUAAGGAAUGCGAAAGGACUAAGUAAGGAGGGAUGGUCCAUCACCAAAAACCUCCUAUUGGAGAUCACCGUUUUUACUUUCGGUUUAUUCACUUUCGUCCCCGCCAUCCAGGAAUUUUGUAUAUUCGCCAUAGUGGGCUUGAUAACGGACUUCUUCCUGCAAAUGUUCUUUUUUCUUACGAUCCUGGGCGUGGACAUAAGCAGGAUGAUGAAUUCCGCUGAGAAAUUAAACCAGAACUUCCGGAACGGGUUGUAUCAAACACAGAACGUUUUCGAUAAGUGCAAAAUCAGGGGGAUGAGCAGGUCCAAGUCGCAUCCGAGGUUAUCCUCGUUUCCCGCUAAUAUCGUAGCAGGGCAAGCGCAAGGCGCACAGGAAAAGAAGAUACCGAAAAGAGUGAGAUUGUUCAAUAUAUGGGCUCGCACGAGGUUUUUCCAGAGAUCGUUUAUGAUACUGAUGGUGAUCUGGAUAAGCGUGAUAGUGUACAACAGCGAUAUCAUCAACCACUACAUCUUAAAUGUAGUACUGGAAGACAAACACCACAACCAAUCGAGCAGCAAUAUGGAAAACUACUCGUCUAUAAAAUUGUUCCCGCUGCUCAAUACCUCUAAUUCCAUUCAAGUCAACUAUGUGACGUACAACCCGAUAGAUAUAAAGUACCAACAAGACCAGUCGCAGGACAUCGAUAAAUUGAAACACUGCGAAUACGCACCUUGGUUGAAGCUGUCUUCGAGGCACUGGCCGGCGAUCCUGAAAAAGUACAACAUGUCACUCAGUGGUCAGACUAUUGCUAUACUACCUAAUAUUAAAUUGUCGCACGUAGUUAGACCCGAUCAGGCAGUCUUGUUGAGGAAUCCAGAAGAAAAGUACGGGGAAAAAUUCCAAUGGCAUGCCUUGGCGGCAGCUCUGGACCCUAUAGAUUUCAGAGAUGCGGAAUCGGCGGGUAACACCAUACCACAGGCCGAACAACCCUUCUACCCCACUUCCCCCAUGGAAAUUCUCCUAACAACCAUCCUCUGCUUCAUCAGCGCUCUCGUGUUAGCCUACACCGUUGUCGUACUCUACCGUUGCAUUUGUUCUCGGAAUUACGCCGAAUGGCGAGCGUCUUGGUUUGCGGAGAAAUCGGAUGAAUCCGGAGAUGACCAGGUCCUCUUGGAAGCGCUACCGGUGGUUCUGGAAGGCCACCAGCAGGAGAUAGAGUGUAUCGCCACUGACGGAACCAACAUAGUCAGCGCCUGUUUAGGUGGCCAGUUAAAAGUUUGGGACAACAAUACGGGAGAGCUAUUGACACAAGUCAACCGAAAGUCGUCCUUCGAAGACAGCAAAGUACACGACAGCUGUUUGGAACUGGACGACAACCUCUCCGAUUACGAAUCUGGCUCUCCCCCGUCUCGAGACGAGACCUUCCCCCGAUUGCUGAACAAAAUCAACACGGAUUUCUCUCAUAUUAAGGAAGUGAGCCCAACGACACCUUCGGACUCGAAGUAUAACUUCAACAAGUCAUUCCGGCAUUACUAUUUUAAUCACGAUUACGACGUGAAACUAAAACACAGUGAAAAGACACUAAAAAGACAAAGCGUCAGCUGUGCACCCAGUGAGACUAAUAGUGAGAUUACCUCCAAGAGGGACAGUGUUAGUAACGGCAAAGUGAAUUUUCACCGCGAUUCCAGCAGUGGGAGUAAUUUUAAUGCAACGGGAUUCUCGCCCGUCUGGUGUAUGGACUACGUGGACAAUUUGAUCGUAAUAGGCUGUGCGGACGGGCGGUUGGAAUUCUGGGAGGGCACAACGGGAAAGCUGAAGUGUAUAUUUGAGGAUGGAACAGACUCGGGCAUAACGAACAUAAAAACAGUAAAUGCCAAAGUCAUAGCGGCUCGUCUAAGUGGGGUACUGGAAUUAUUUCAACUGCAGACCUACAACCAGGGCCGUCCUAUCGAUUGGAACUUUACUUGCGCCUAUAAAAGGACUCACGUCAGGACGGGAUCCCUGGGGUCCGUUUCCGACCGUGAAAUUCAGAAUCAGACUGAUUGCGAAGAAGACUUGCGUUGUAUAAAAAUAAUCAGCACGAGGGCGCACCAGCAGCCGGUGACGUGCCUGGACUGUGAGGGAGGCAGGGUGCUGACGGGCAGCCAAGACCACACGUUGAAGGUUUUCAGGUUAGAGGACGGCAGCCCCCUGUACACGCUGCAUGGACACUGUGGUCCGAUCACUUGCCUGUUUAUGGACAGGGUUUCCCCCGCGACGUCCGGUAGUGGAUCGCAGGACGGCAUGCUGUGCGUCUGGGACUUGCAAACAGGAGCGUGUAUGUACAACAUCCAGGCCCACAAUGGCAGCAUUACGUCUCUAACGUAUUCGGCGAGUUACGUGAUUUCUUUGGGAACAGACGAACGACUCUGCGUCUGGGAACGAUUCCAAGGGCACCUUCUGAACACCAUCUACGUCUCGCAGGUGUUUUCCAUUCACGUCCUUAUGCUGGCGCAGCAUCUGGUGGUCACCGCGAGGAGUGGAGGACUGGUAAUAUGGGACGUGAGGACGGGCGAGUGCGUGAGGACGAUCACCCUCGGCCGAUCACCGUUCAUCUUCAUAAAACAGCUCAUUCUGUUACGGGACGCCGUGCUGUGCGACUACGGAAAACAGUUGAGGAUCAUAAGGUUCCCGUUGAUCACGCAUAAGUUUGAUUAAAGUGUAUUUUGGAAUUAAUAAGUAUCGGAUUGAAAUAUUUAUUGAUUUCUUGUAAAUUGUGCCUUCAGAGAGGAACUAAUCGGAUGUUGAUGUAGAAUUGUACAUUUUUUUAUUAUAAUUGUUUUAUGUAAAUGUUGAAACCAAAUUAUUGAGCAAUUUUUAACAUUGAUUUGUAAUCUAUUUUGAUUUAUUUAUUGAAAAAGUUUGUUUUUAAAUUUCUUGUUGAACUAUUUAUGUAUUUAUGUGAAGCUAUUUUUGUAAGCGCAAUAAACUAUUU